CUACUAAGUGUUGAUUUGGUGCUAGAAUGUGCCAGUGAACAGUGUAAUGCUCGCGAGCUGAAGAUAUCUAGUGUAGUAGGUUGUGUUGUGCAUAUUUUUUUAUCGGAUAAUCUUGAAAAUGAUUCCUAAGGAGGACAUUUUUAGAUGUGUGUUCUUUGCAACCUUUUUGCUUACGGCUAAAUCACAGAACGCUUACGACACAAACGACUGGGUACCAAUCGCCAAUAAGUGUCCUUCAUGUUCGACCAAAGACGCUGUCAUCGAACAGAAACCCACAGGCCGGGUUCUAAACCUUCACGAACCUGUUCGCGACAAAUUCUUUCCCGAAGAACAUGUGGUGCGAACGAAGAAGUCGAACAACGAUCAAUACUUACGCGAAGUAUCUCCGCCUGCAAUUAACAAACCGUUUCAACGCCAGCCAGAAUUUCGGCAACAAAGUUUUCAAUCGAAACCAAACUUUCAAACCCAGCUAAAUGAAGGGGAGAUACUGAAUCAGUUCUUCGCGCCAGCCAACUUUGAACAGCAGCGACAACCUCACUUGCUCUUUCAACAAUUCCCUUCGCAGUUCAUUUUCCCACCUGAAAAUCCACCGUUCGCUUAUAGGAAUCAAUUUCCUCAUCCGCCACUGUUGAAGAAUCCACUAUUGUUUCCGCCGGAGCAAACUCGCCUAAACUCGAACUUUGCAUUUCAAGAGCAGAAUGCUCUGAAUUAUACUAAACCGAAUUCGUUUCAAUCACUGAAUCCAGAAAUAAUUAACCAAGCGCUGUCUCCGGAUAUUGUAACGAGCAGCAAUACUAAUUUUAGAGAAGUUCCCGUGAGAAACACUUCACCUAAACCCAGUGGAGACUCCGUCCAACUUUUGUAUGUGCCAGUCGACAGUUUAAAUAAACGAAUUCUACCGUCCCAAAGUCAGACGGUGAAACAGGAGGUUCCAUUCCAGCCGGCUCAAUUUAAUCCGACACAAGAUUUCCGCCAGUUGCCAACUUUGCAAGCGCAACAGCCGCCGACACUGCUAAAUAACAAUUUCCAAAAUCGGCAAACCGAACUCAGUCAUGAGCAGGCACAUAAACAACAACAACUGUUGUCGAUUCAACAUGAUUUUGCGCAACAAGCGCUUGAUGCUUUAAAUUUGCAACUUCAAUUGCAACGGGGACAACUUCCCACAGUGGUUCAGCAAAGGAUACCGUUACCGACCACCACUACAACAACACCAGUUCCGAUCAUAACAGAACCGAGCACAAAGAAACCAAAGCCCCACCAGCCACCACUUGCUGUGUAUAUGGGUGGUCAUGGUGAUGUCACAGUAUCCGACGUGCUAAAUCUUUUGAAGAAUGCGAAAACAAUUUCCGUACAAGAUGCGGUCGGUCCCAAUUCUCCACAAGUUUUUGUAGGCCCGCACAAUUUAGAAGCACCCGACGGUUACGUGAAGUUUGAUCUACCAUACUUGAGUUCGUUGGGUUCUAACCGUAUAGAACGAAAAGUCGAUCAACUUCCAUUUUUUGUCGCCCCGGUAAGCUACAAGGCUCCAACGGGAUACUCGAAAAUACCUUUACCUGCACCGCAUGUUGGAUCAGUUGUCGUUUCGCAAAAGGAUCAAGACAGAAGCCAAGACCCAACGUUCAUUGGGUCUUCCGAUGUUAAUCAAUUUUUGAAUCCUGUCGACAACGGACCAAUCCAUAGAUUUAAUCCGACCCAUUCUACAGCUUCACCAUCAUUUUUGAAGCAAACCAUAAACGAAUACGAACUGGCGCAAAUUAACCAUCAAUUCCAGCCGCAGGCUGAGUUUCAGCAGGAAGCUGGAGCCCAUGAAUACGAAGAUUCAAACAAUUUCCAGGCGCAACCAGAAUUUAGUCAUACUACUGCCUCUGCGGUUCCGCAAACGCAUUUACUUCAAAAUAUCCCUAAGGAAGCAGAUACGACGAGGUUUCAACAGUACCAAAACAAUCGUUUUGUGGCUACAUCGCAACCGAUUGCAACGCACCAAUUCGCACCUCUACCAGAGAGCGAACGACUCAAAUCUGCAGUUCCUACAAGAGCAAGUCAUUAUGCAACAUUUUCAAGCAACGCGUUUGGAAAUGAUUAUGUACAAGAUUUCCGUCAAAGUUCAAGGUCGCCACCCAGAACCACUUCAGAAAUCAGUUUGGAUACACCACCUGCACCAACUAGGAGCAUACCUACUCAUUCCGAAAGUUUUGUUUCCGCGCCAAAAGAGAAAACCGAUGGUUCAUCGUUGUCACAGGUACGCCCUAUCGAUAACAACAAAUAUGUCGAAUUUCGAGAUCACAUAGCUCAAAAUAAUUUCGACCAAUAUCAACAAAACCACCAAGAAAUCUUUCAAAACAAAAAACAAGUCAAACCGAUGGAAAUUAUUAACGGUCCUUUACUCGAACCUUCGUAUCUCCAAUUAAACGAAGAAGGCGAAUAUGUUCCAAUGAAAAGUAACCACCAUAUUUCUCACAAAUUAUCACAACAGCCUUUGGUUCAAGACGUACAAGUUCAGGAUACACCCUCCUCUACGACUGAAGUCAACAGGCAAAAACAAUCAUUUACGUCAGUACCUACUAUACAAUCUCAACCGGAAUACAGUUUUAGACCUAGGCAAAGAGUUAGUCCGCCUCAGCCGAAUGUGAUCCCUGAUACAGCCUUCUCUACAACUGAAGUCAACAGGCAACUGCAAUCAUUUACGUCAGCACCUACUAUACAAUCUCACCCGGAAUAUAACUUUAGACCUAGGCAAAGAGUUAGUCCGCCUCAGCAGAAUGUGAUCCUUGAUAGUGUCACAGAAGAUCAAGCUCAAGAAGAUUUUAGGUUACCUCCCGAACUUCCCACAAUUCAUCCAGAAAUUCACUCAUUAAUAAAUAACCUACAAGAUCAAUCAAUUCGUCCACUGCUAGUGCCCGCGUUAAUAGCGCCUACACAUGACACAAGUAGUGGCCAGCAACCCAUCUUUCAUUCGUCGUCAACUGAGCCACCAUAUAUAACGACGACCCCCGUCAUUCACACCACGACCCAGCCAACGUCUACCACAACAGCAUACCGCCAAAGACAAAGAGGGCGUCAGCGAGCGAAGGUGAGCACAACUACGUAUGCUACGCCUUCUCGAAGAACUCAGCAACCUAGAACUCGCCGUCCAUUAAAUAUCCGCACUACCACCGUCAAUUACCAAGAGGAAUACCCAGAGUAUUCUCCAACCAGAGCCAGCCGUGUGAAAGGAGGAUAUUCAGAAGAAUAUUAUCAUACCCCCGAACCAACUCAAAGAUCGACCAGUCGUCAGAGAAUACGAACAAGAGGGCGCACUACGCCAGCACCUCCACCUGAAACUCCUAAUUUGACAGAGAGGGCUUUUAAUCAACCUGAACUCAUAUCAGGUUUUGAAGCAUCCCCAGUUCAACCACACUCCUAUAUGCAAUUUGAACACCAAAUUAUUCCAACUCACGGAUCUACUGAAGCGCCCGUAAUCAUCUCUAAACCCGAGCCACAACAAAACCAAAUGAAUGUUGAUGUCAUUAUAAAGCAUCCAGUAGAACCUGUGAUUAUUUCAGAACCCGAAGGGGAUUCGCACUACGUAAGGUUUAGUUCGAAUAUAGACACCAGCAAUAUUGUAACGCAGCAAGCUCAAGAAACCACAACGCCUUCGUAUGUUCGCAUAAAUGCGAAAGGACGUGUAAGAUCAAGGAUAAGGUCUACAACUACUUCUACUACUACACCAUCGACGACCACAACAACCGCUAAAGAAGAACCGCAAGAGUUUUAUGGUUUCUUCAGACCACCUAAUUUCAAUUCGCCUCAAGUGUCAUUCUACUCCCCUACACACGGGAUUGUUACACGGCGACCAACUUACAUAUCAAGCAACUCUGUAAUCUACGACGACCAACCAGUGGAAAACUCAAAUAACGUCGAUAUUUACUCCACUAAUAACUUAAUCCCUUCCUCUCCUACAUUCGUAGGUGAAUUGAUAACGAAAUAUACUCCCACGACGGAGAGAACCACCACCGAAGUUCCAACGUCUAAACCUACCCGCCCGAAAUUUCGUACCAGAGUUCGAGUGCCCUCUCGGAAAGUUACAGAAGACGGUCGUCAGCAGUCUACCACUCCUCCAAGUGAAGUGCGCAUUCGCACCCGAGGACGAUCUCACUUCGUUUCACCCAAAAUCAGAGACCAUAACCAAUCGGAAGACGAAGAAGUCGAAGGAGGCAAUUAUCCAAAAUUAUUUCCCAAAAGCACCGAGAGACCGUCUUUUCAAAUAACUAUCGAGCCUAUUGUUGAGGAAUCGUCGAUCGAUGAGGAUCAGAUUCCGUAUUCUUCAAUACAUAGACCGAAAUUCGUAAUAACCAACUCAAAUGGAACUAGAAUUGUAAACGAUUUGAUAAUCGAUCGGAAAGUUAUUGAAUCCCAGGAGCAGCCCGUGCCCAUUCCGGCUGUUUCAGAAAACGAGAGCACCGAAGUGAACGAUGGUAAAUCUCUAAUGGACGAUAUACUAAGCGAGCUUGAUAAAAUUCAGGAUGAAAACGAGAGUGUCACAAACAAACCUGAUGCCUACCAAGAACAUGAUGGGAUUUAUAAUCAUAAACCGAAAGGGCGCAGGCGAGGCGUUUGGAGGCUAGUGAAACGUCCGGUUGAAUCUUUUGAAACAGCUGAAUCUCAAUACGUAGGAAAAAUUAGUGCUAACACUCUUCCCUUUAACAGCGAUGGCAAAGAGAAAGUGUAUGACGUAGAUAAACUUGUUUCAACAGAAUCCAACACGAAACCUGUAGAGGUAGAAACUACUGCUACUCCUGUAGAAGUACGAACUACCCCCUUCAUAUUAGCUACGCCGGAAGAAAGCUUCUUGGAUUCGUUUUAUAAAAUGUUCGACUCGGUGGGCCCCUAUGAAGAAACUGUUGAGUCAACUACUAAACCCACCACUACCGAACCUCAAACUACUCAGGAUGUAGGGGUGACAAGUACUGAAUUACCACCUGUAGAAAUUCAACUAACCACCACCUUACCAACCACCCAAAACGUAACCGAAUCCACAACGGUACUAGUCGAGCAAAAACAGGAGAGCUCAACAGAACCUGCUACAACGCUACCACCAACUACAUAUCCUCAAACGGAAAGCACGCAACCCCAAAUUUGGGACGUCAAAACCUCCACGGCGACUGAAAUAUCACACGAAACCGAAAUAUGCUACAGAGGUAAAUGCAUAAAAUCCAGUCGGAAUAAUCAGUUGGGAAUGUAAUUAAAUUGUGAUUAAAGUACUGUAAAGACUUAGCUCAACGUGAUGUGUGAUUGCGCAUUUCUAGUUCUUCUUGUGACUACCCAUUUUGUACAUAUUUAGAAUGUUAGUGUGAUCAUAUUUAAUUUAUAGGCUUACUUAAGAA